AUGUCGUACUUUGAACGCAUCAUCUGCAGCAGCUCUACCCUCGUCGACAACGCGCAUUGCAAUCCAUACCGUUAUUUGAUCUUGCCUAUGGCGUUGGCCUCAGACGGAUUGUAUCAUGCAACUCUAGCAAUUGCUGCAAAUACUCUACGACUGUCGAAUCCUUUAUAUCGUCUCCCGGCUCUGGAGCAUCACCACCAUGCCCUAGCCUACCUACGCGGCUUACUAGACCAAGAUCAAUGGACCGACAGAGAGCUCGAUGAGAUGACGGGACUCGUCCUGAUGUUAUGUUGGUUUGAGAUCUCCGACAACAGCUGCUCAUCCUGGGUAACCCAUCUAAACGGAUACCAGGACCUUCUGCGCGCGCGACAGCAUCGGCAAGCAAUGACGUCUCAAUGUCGCUCACCCCAUAGCGAACAGCUCUCUAGUUUCUUCAAUCGUUAUUUCGCAUUUCACCUUGUGUUAGCGAGGACUGCGUUUCGGCUGGAUGACUCGGUAUUCGCAUUGCAGCCGAUGCUGGGCCUGAUGCAUGAGUCUGAUGCUAACAAACUGGAAGAGAAUGAAGCGGAUAUUAUUGACCCGUAUAUGGGGCUGAGCCACUCGCUAUUGCUGCUCAUUAAUCAAGUCGCCCAGAUAGCAUGGGAGGAUAGGGAUGGUGGCAGUGUUGGUGAUGACAGCAAUAACGUUCUACAACUCAAAGAGCGUCUAGAGAAUCUCCAGCAAAUUCCACCGCCUCUAGGUAACGACGCAGAGGCAGAGACAGAAUGCGUUGCUAUUGCGGAGGCAAAUCGACUCGGGGCAUUACUUCUGUUGCAUGAAGUCUGCUCCAGAAAGGACACGAAGAAUGAAAGAGGGGCUCGACAUCUUCCUCGACAUCUUCAAAUGCUAGAUUCAGGCGAAAAGGAUCACGGCGUCAAGAGUAUUUUAUCUCUUAUAUUGGAAAAGAAAGCAAGCAUGAUGCGCACAGCGGUGUUACCACUCUGGCCACUCUUUCUAGCCGGUUGCUGUGCUCCCACCGAUGCAGAGAGAGUGAUUGUGAUGCAGUUGUUUGAGGAAUUGGAAGGGAUACGGAGGUUUGGGAAUAUUGCACCGGCGAUGGAGGUAGUGCAGAUGGUCUGGCGACAGCGGGAUUUGGCUGCACAGGAUGGGAGAAAAAAGAGAAGCGACAGAGGAGGCCAGGCAAGGUUUGAAUGGGAGCGUGCUAUGGCGAUGCUUGGGGGUUGGAAGUUGAGUUUGACGUAG